CAUCAUUCUUCUGGAAGCUGAUGCACGUGGCUGGGGGGGGGGGGCUGAAAAUGGGCUGGGUCAUCUGGAGGAAGCAUAAAGGUGACAAUUACAACUUACUUCCUUCUUCCCUUUCCAGAGCUGGUGCUGUGGGCUGCGGCUGCUUUCUGCUCCAGGUCCCCCAGGCCAUGAAUGCGCCCCGAGCAGCCAAGGCACAGUGGCCCUGGCGUCCAUGCCUCACCGGCCUGCUGCUGCAGCUGCUGUUGGCUCUCUGCUUCUUCUCCUACAUCCGAGUGUCCUACGACCAACCCGGCCCCCCAGCUCCUGGUAGCUCCCCAGAACCAGCCUCCACCCCAGCUACCCCUGUCCCCAGGCCCCUCCUCAUCUUACUGUGGACAUGGCCCUUCCACAAGCCGGUGGCUCUGCCCCCCUGCUCCAAGAUGCUCCCAGGCACGGCCGACUGCCGGCUGACCACCAAACGGAGCCUGUACCCCCAGGCAGAUGCCGUCAUCAUCCACCACCGCGAAGUCAGCGCCAAUCCCAGGUCACUGCUGCCACCUCAGCCGAGGCCCCCAGGCCAGCGCUGGGUGUGGUUCAGCAUGGAGUCGCCCAGCCACUGUAGCCGGCUGUCAGAGCUGGAUGGUCACUUCAACCUCACCAUGUCCUAUCGCACUGACUCUGACAUCUUCACGCCCUAUGGCUGGCUGGAGCCGUGGACAGACCCUCCGGUCCAGACCCAGGUCAACCUGUCUGCCAAGACUGACCUGGUGGCCUGGGCUGUGUCCAACUGGAACUCCAAGUCGGCUCGGGUGCUGUACUACCUGAGCCUUCAGAGUCACCUCCAUGUGGACGUGUAUGGCCGAGGUCACAUGCCGCUUCCCCAACGGGACAUGAUGCAGACACUGGCCAGGUACAAGUUUUACCUGGCAUUCGAAAACUCCCUCCAUCCAGACUACAUCACAGAGAAGCUGUGGAGGAAUGCUCUGGAAGCCUGGGCUGUGCCUGUGGUCCUGGGGCCCAGCAGGAAGAACUAUGAACGCUUCCUGCCCCCUGACGCCUUCAUCCACGUGGAUGAUUUCCAGAGCCCAAAGGACCUGGCUCAGUACCUGCAGGAGCUAGACAGGGAUAGCCUGAGCUACCAGCGUUACUUCCGCUGGAGGAAGACGCUCAGGCCUCGCUUGUGGAGCAUGUCCCUUGCCUUCUGCCAGGCAUGCAGGCAGCUGCAGUGGGACCAGAGGUACCAGACGGUCUCCAGUGUGGCCUCUUGGUUCCAGUGAGGUGGCUGGCCAGGGUCCUUCGGUCAGUGUCCUACCCAAAGUCAUCAUCUGUAGCCACUGGGUGACAGACACCUUGUGUUGGCUAGUUUUAUUUCAACUUGAUACAAGCUAGAGUCAUGUGGGUUGAUGGAGCUACAAUUGAGACAAUGUCCCCAUCUAAUUGGCCUGUGGGGUGUUUUCUCAAUUAGU